UUAUAAGAAGGUUUUAUAAACAAUACAAAUGAAUAGAUGUAUUUUGAAAUACCCGUGAAGUCUAUAAACAGUUGUAAAUGAGUUCAGUGCGGCAGAUGGUAAAACUGGCAAUCACCUGUGAUCAGUGAGUGGGAUGAAUGGACAUACUUGAGUAUAAAUCACUGGGCUCAAGAAGGCYAUAGACUUCUCAUAUCACUUUACCUGGCAGUCAAGAGACCGUUAUUAUUGGAAAGUCACGUCCAAUUAGUAAARUCAUGAAGAUACUUCUUUGGACGGCACCGCGUUGUGUUUCUACAGCUUUUGAGAGAGCAAUCAUGACUCUCAGCAAUACCAAAGUGUUUCACGAGCCUUACAGCAAUGCUUAUUAUUUUGGCCCAGAAAGGCAGAGUCUACGUUACGCUUCCACACCCGUCAACCCGAAGGAAACCUAUCGUCACGUCAAAACUGUCCUAUGUAAGGACUACGAUGGAAUUGACGUCGUUUUCUCGAAAGACAUGGCGUACUGUAUUGAAAAUAAGUUUGAUCAUUUCCUUGAUGAAGAAUUCAAGGACACUAAACACACUUUCUUGAUUCGAGAUCCGAGUAAAGCAGUGCCAUCCCUAYAYCAUGCUUCAACCAACCCAAAGCUGACAGGAUGGGACUAUUUUGAUCCUGAAGAAUCUGGAUUUCGUCAAAUGUAUGAGUUCUAUAAAUUUGUGACGGAGAAUAUAGACCCCUGUCCACUUGUAGUGGAUGCUGACGAUCUUCUUGAUCAACCUGACGAGAUGAUGAAGAGUUACUGCGAUGCUGUUGGYAUCACCUACGARUCUCAUAUGACAACAUGGGAACCAGGUCCCGUACCAGACUGGGAUGUUUGGUCAGGAUGGCAUGAAAACGCCUUGAAAAGCUCAGGAUUUGCCCCACGAAAGAACAAGAAAUCUGAAAAGAAACCGGUACUGGAUCUUCCUGAAGAGGUGAUGAAAGCCAUUGAAGUAGCAGACCCUCAUUACAAGUACUUGGCUUCCAAGAGGAUUCGUCCCGCACUCUUAACGACGGCUUGUGGUAGCACUUGAACAUUCGUUAAAUUAACAAAGCCUUUCUUUACGAGAAAAUAAGAUCAAUUUUAAAUAAGAACAUUGAACGGCAUACCUUUCGCUGAACACAAAGGCAUUWAAUUUGUUUUAUAUAUAGAAUGUUUUCUUAUUAAUAGGAAUUUAACCGUCAUCAAACUCUUUGUUUUCAUGUUUUUGAAAAUUACGCAUUCAAGUCCAAUCAUAAAUAUAGCAAAAACCUUAACAACUUAUAUAAAUMAUUUGAUUUUCAUUUAUGUAUUUCAAACAUUAAAAAUUCAAUUCAUCAACUUCUCAUGCAAAUUGUUUGGCGAUUGUUUUGUAAUGAAUAAUUUAACACGUGAUCACUGAGUCAUUUCUUCACAUUGAAAUGGUUUACAGGGCGUUGCCAGGUUUUUCUUUCACAUAGCAUUUCUGAUUCAUGCCUGCAUCUUAACUCCGUUAUUUGAAAYGAAAUGUACAUCCUUUUUGCGGCAGAGAAUUCAAAAUUCUAAUUUGUGUGGUAUUGAUCAAAGACAGCCAUUUUAACAUUUGAAUCAUUGAUGAAGGAUAAUUAGGGUUCACAGCAAGCCAGGUAAAAACUCAUUAGGAACUCAAGUGAGUUCUACUAUACGUCAAACAAGUUUUAAUACAAAAAAAGAAAAUGACCAUAACAUCAAUACACACGUAAUUGAAAUGUUUUUGUURUUGUCUUCGUCCCU